CGGUAUUGAAUGACUCAGACCACUAUGCCAGGAAACUAGUUGGUGUGCAUAACCUGUGAUGUCAUCAUACGCCUACCGAUUCUAUCUUUGGCGAGUUUCCGAUUCCAAAGUGGUUGCAAUACAUUAGAAAGUAAAAGUGGGCGACGAUGCUUCUAGCUAUUUACUUUAGUGUACUUGUUCUUUUAAUUAAGGCGACUUCAGGUCUACGUUGUUACGAUUGCCAAGACCGCGUUAUAAAUGGCAGCCAUGUUGACCCCACGUGUGUCAAUCCAACCGGUUUGAAUUCUUCUAGAAUUUGUUACAAUGGUGAGCUGUAUUGCAUCACAACUACGUCACAAUAUCAAAAUACAAUAACAAGAAAUUGUUCUGCUUCCAAGAGUACCAGUGAAUGUCGAGACGUCGUUGGUUAUCGAACGUGCGUCACUUCCUGCCAAACAGAUUUAUGCAACAACUUCACAGUCGCUGUGCCUAAUUCAUUGGUGAUUUCAAUCUGUUGCAUUAUUUUGGUGAUGUCAGAAACGCUCCGUUGGUGAAAUGCUCAUUUCUAUUUAACAUUGCUUAACACUGAUACGUUGGAAAUAAUAAACCUACAUCUGUUUUCCAGUGCGUAACAAUAUGUGUUUGCGUUGUAAAAUGUAAGCAGUGCCAUUGCUUAAUAACAAAUAAACCAAAGCCCAUUGAA